AUGAACGUUGACAGUAUGAACGGACUUGGUCCCAGCGAGUCGGGAACUCGCAAGACAGCCACUUUGGUAGACACAAACUUUGAAAGCAUACCUGUCACGAAGAUAUUUGCCGAGUUUGUUGCCAAUCUCACGUAUGAGUCUAUAGACCCAAACGUUGUGCAGAAUUUGAAAAGGCUCCUCCUCGAUUUCGUUGGCAUAGCACCGUAUUCUGGGUCCUACAUUGAGUCAAGCGAGGCAUUUUAUCGAGCCAUAAAUGCCUUCAGUGGUGCUGGCAGCUGUACUGUCUUUACCAAAGGCCAGGGCCUCCUCCCGCAUUAUGCUGCACUUCUGAAUGCGGCUUAUUCACAUACUCUGGACUUCGAUGACACUUUUGCGGAUGGUGCACUUCAUCCUGGCGCAUCAGUGAUUGCAGCUGCUCUUACCCAAGCCGAAGUAUCUGGAGUUGGUGGCAGGGCACUUAUGACGGGGCUUGCAGCUGGAUACGAGGUUAUAUGUCGGCUCUCAAGGGCACUUGGUGCUGGGGCCUACGAACGAGGAUUCCACAACACAGGUACAGCCGGUGUGUUUGGCGCUGUGGCUGCCAUCAUGAAAGUCAAAGGAGCUUCUGCAGCAGCUAUCGAAGCUGCCUUCGGCUUUGCCGGCUCGAAGGCGGCUGGUUCACAACAAUUUCUGGAGAACGGGGCGUGGAAUAAGCGCCUGCACCCAGGCUUCGCUGCUCAUGACGCUUUUCUGUGUCAGGCGUUCGUGGAGCAGGGAGUACCUACGGCAAAGAAGUCACUCGAGGGCAUUUUCGGUUUCUUGAAAGGAUACAGCUCGUCUCCCGAAAUUGGAAACAUGGUGGACGGACUGGGAGUCCAGUGGAUUCAUCUCAAGACGGCCAUCAAACCAUACCCUGGCUGCAGGAUGACUCACACGGGUAUCGACCUGGCAGAGAAGUGGAGGAAGGCUAAGACAGUCCCGAUCAAGAGCUUGCGUCUUUCUUUGUCGCCACACUGCUGGAUGAUCGUUGGCCGGCCACUAUCUAACAAAAUCCAUCCGAAGAACACUGUCGAUGCUCAAUUCAGUGCCUACUACCAACUUGCUGUUGCUUGGCUGGAUGGCAAUGGAACAGGGUGGAAUCCGUACGAUCGUUUUCAUGACGACGAUAUCUCAGCUGUCACAGAUCGAAUUACGGUGGAUGCAAUGGAAGACUUACAUGCUUUGGCUGGAAGAUUGAAAAUGCACUGGCAAGAUGGUACAACCACAGUAGACGUAGAGACGGACCGCAUUGGAGAAGCAUCCAACCCUUACUCUGAUGAGCAACUUCUCAAGAAGUUCAAGUCUUUAUCAAUUCCAGCCUAUAGAGAGCAAAGAUCUGACGAAAUUGCGAACACUAUUGCAGUUGUUGAGCAAUGCAACAAUGUAAAGGAUCUGAUGUCACUGCUGGCUUCGGAUACGGUCAGCAUCUAUUUCACUUUCCUACUCUUCUCAGGUAGAGAUUGGCAGAAAAGACAGAGGUAG